AAUUGUCAAAUUCCACGUUUGACCUUAUCCCACACGCACCACAUGUCGCACGUGCCUCCGGUGUGAAGUCUCGAGAUCAUUAUUUCACGCGCACUAGUCAUUUCACCGGCGUCGUUUCUCUCUCUCUCUUCUCACACACACUCUCUCUCUCUCUCUCUCUCCGGAGCCAUGUCCACCACCGGUCUCCUCCGUUUCUCUCUCUACCCUCACACUUCAUCUCUCAACCGCCGCUAUGAGUUCCGACCUCUCCAUCUCAAACGGCGCUCUUCGCUCCGUCCACAUUCGUCGAAAUUGCAUAAUUUCAACCGCGUUUCCUCGAAAGCCGUCGAGUUCAAGUCAUCUGGCGAAAUCCAACUGCAGGAGAAGCCAGCUCAGGAAGAGUUUAGUUCUACCGUGUUGCUUGAUGUGUCCGGAAUGAUGUGCGGCGCGUGUGUGACACGCGUGAAGUCGAUCGUCUCAGCCGACGAGCGCGUUGCUUCGGUUGUGGUCAAUAUGUUGACGGAAACCGCUGCGAUCAAGCUGAAGGAAGGAUUAGGAGAGGAUUUCGCCGGCGUAGCGGAUGAGCUGGCGAAUAGAGUCUCGGCGAGCGGAUUCGACGCGCGGCGGAGGGUGUCGGGGUUGGGGGUGGAGGCGAAAGUGUGGAAGUGGAGAGAGACGGUGGAGAAGAAGGACGCGUUGCUCAUAAAGAGUAGGAACCGGGUGGCGUUUGCUUGGACUUUGGUUGCGCUCUGCUGUGGCUCUCACGGGUCUCACAUUUUGCAUUCAGUCGGUAUUCAUAUCGGUCAUGGAUCAUUAUUGGAUAUUCUGCACAAUUCAUACGUGAAAGGUGGUUUGGCUUUGGGCUCUCUAUUGGGACCUGGACGAGACUUGCUUUUUGACGGUUUACGGGCAUUUAGAAAGGGUUCACCCAAUAUGAACUCUCUUGUUGGCUUUGGGUCGAUUGCUGCAUUUGGAAUCAGUGCGGUAUCGCUUUUCAACCCCGAACUUCAAUGGAAUGCUACAUUUUUUGACGAACCGGUCAUGCUUCUUGGUUUUAUACUACUGGGGCGUUCACUUGAAGAAAGGGCUAGGAUCAAGGCAUCUAGUGACAUGAAUGAGCUAUUAUCACUUAUAUCCACUAAAUCCAGACUUGUGAUUGCUCCCUCUGGUGGAAGUGAUGUCUCUGCAGAAAACGUUCUCUGUACUGAUGCGAUGUGCAUUGAAGUUCCCACAGAUGAUAUUCGGGUUGGUGACUCGCUCUUGGUUUUGCCUGGAGAAACAAUUCCUGUAGAUGGGAAAGUCAUGGCAGGCCGAAGUGUGGUGGACGAGUCCAUGCUUACUGGUGAAUCUCUUCCUGUAUUCAAGGAAAAAGGCCUAUCUGUUUCAGCGGGAACAUUAAAUUGGGAUGGUCCUUUGAGGAUAGAAGCCUCUUCCACCGGAUCAAAUUCAACUAUAUCCAAGAUUGUUAACAUGGUUGAGGAUGCUCAAGGGCGUGAAGCACCAAUUCAAAGGCUUGCAGAUUCAAUUGCUGGCCCUUUCGUAUUUAGUGUCAUGACGAUGUCCGCAGCCACAUUUGCUUUCUGGUACUACAUUGGAACUCAUAUAUUUCCAGACGUGUUGCUUAAUGAUAUAGCUGGGCCAGAUGGAAAUUCACUGCUAUUAAGCAUGAAGCUUGCCGUAGAUGUUUUGGUUGUUUCCUGUCCAUGCGCUUUGGGCCUUGCAACACCGACGGCAAUUCUAGUUGGCACCUCCCUUGGAGCAAAACAGGGUCUUCUUAUCAGAGGAGGAGAUGUAUUGGAACGCUUGGCAGGGAUAGAUUACAUUACUCUGGAUAAAACGGGGACUCUUACUGAAGGAAGGCCUGCCGUAUCAGCUGUUGCAUCUUUAGGUCAUGAAGAAUCAGAAAUACUUAAAAUUGCCGCUGCAGUGGAAAAAACAGCAUCACAUCCACUUGCGAAUGCUAUUAUAGCUAAAGCCGAAUCAUUGAAUUUGAAUAUUCCUAGUACAAGGGGUCAAUUAGCUGAACCAGGUUCUGGGACCUUAGCAGAAGUAAAUGGGCUUUUAGUGGCAGUUGGCAAAUUAAGUUGGGUCCGUGAGCGUUUUCAGCCGAAAACAAGCCUCUCGGAUAUAAAGAGACUUGAACAGACUGCGAUACUUCAGUCAUCAGCAGAGUAUUCAUCAUCUAACUAUUCAAGAACGAUUGUUUAUGUUGGUAGGGAAGGAGAAGGCGUCAUUGGUGCUAUUGCAAUAUCAGACAAUUUACGAUGUGAUGCUGAAUCCACUGUAAAUAGGCUUCAGCAGAUGGGAAUUUGUACAGUCCUCUUGUCAGGGGACAGGGAAGAGGCAGUUGCAGAAAUAGCAAAGACAGUUGGGGUAGAAAAUGAAUUCGUCAAUGGUUCUUUAACACCGCAGCAGAAAUCCGGCGUUAUUUCAAAUCUUCAAGCAUCAGGCCAUCGUGUGGCCAUGGUCGGGGAUGGUAUUAAUGAUGCACCGUCUCUUGCACUUGCUGACGUUGGGAUUGCCUUGCAAAUUGAGGGACAAGAAAAUGCAGCAUCAAAUGCAGCAUCUAUUAUACUCUUAGGAAAUAGGCUAUCACAGGUAGUAGAAGCAAUUGACCUUGCAAGAGCAACAAUGACAAAAGUUCGUCAAAAUUUGACAUGGGCAGUUGCCUACAAUGUUGUAGCAAUUCCUAUGGCAGCUGGAGUACUACUUCCCCAUUUCGAUUUUGCUAUGACACCUUCACUUUCAGGGGGGAUGAUGGCAAUGAGCUCAAUCCUUGUAGUGAGCAACUCACUGCUUCUGCAGUUCCACAAGCCUCAAAAGAAGAAAGAAAAGAGCGAAAACAACUUUUUUUCUCAAUAAAAUAAAAUAUUAUCCGACAGAAGCAGAAUGGAGAAUUUCUUCAAAAUUCAAUUGAUUGAAACAAUAAAAGCGUAUGGCAGGGAGGAAAAGGUUAGAACAAUCUCACCAUGAUGUGAAAAUUCCAACUCUUUGAUGCUAUUUAUAUAAAUAAAUAAAUAAAUAAAAUUGUUUGUACCACUUAAAAGUAGAAAACGUCGAUGUUUAAAAUAAUAUAUUAUAAAUGAAUGGAAUAAGUGUCUCUGUUUGUGCGGGAAAUUAGAUGUUACACUACACGUAAUCACUAUCACACACAUAAAUGUAUAAGUGUGGUUAGCAAAUAAUUAUUUAAUCAAAUCUACGGUUCAAACCCA